AUGCUAAAUCUUAGAAGUUUUAUUCCAACAAGUUCCAAAGAUCCUUCAACUGGAACUCUAGUUAUUCAAAAAGACUAUCUCACUCUACCGAAGAACAGCAAGUGCGGAAUCCCUGGCAUCUUCCAAAUUCCGGUUGAUGAAAAGGGCUUAUGUAGUCCAUCCUACGAUUUGGUCACUAAAGGUGUAUCGUUUGCUGGACAUGACAUUGUCCGCUGUAUCGUUACUCCAGCAUCCGAUAUAACUGUUAUUCCCUGUGAUCUCAGCGCUUUUAUUAUAGAAAAGAAUGGAUUUCAAAUUGAGAAGACCAAUUUUUUUCUUCAGUCUUCCAAAGACAAUAAAUUCACCAUAAUGACUGGCGAAUCCACUAGGGUAAAUCUUGGCUUAGUGCUCCGGAGUGCAAGAGAUUUGACUCAACGAUUUCAAAUCGAUGGCGCAGUUUUACUAAACCCUGGGCUUUCGAUCCAGCUUCCGCCCGAGGGUAUACCUGUAUGUCAACUUGGAAUGGACUUCAUCACUAAGUAUCCAUACCUUUUUUAUGUACCUAGGUCCGAUCCUUCUGGGAUGAUAGACUUUAUGAUUGCAAGGGAUCCGUUUGCCUCGAGGCCCUACAGUGUUAAUGAACAAUUUUACAAGACAGUCAUCGUUCAUGUCGAUGGGUACUAUGACAAAGAUACAGGAAAGAUUGGAUAUGGGGUCUUUUUUAAAUCCGGUUCUGUUCUCAACAUGUUAUCAGGUGUAAGCAUGUAUGACAAAGCUGGAAACAAACAUACGUCAAAGCUCAGGGAACGCGGAAUAUUGAUGGCCAUAAUCAAGACGCUUCAUGCUGUUAGCGCCUUUCCUAUUGGUCGUGACUUUAGAGGUGUUGUUAUCAAAAGUACCGACCCUUCUAUCGCCAGGUUGAUGGCUGUGACACAGGUUACAAUGAAGAAUAUUUUCACAAAUUCAAAGAGAAUUAAUGAGGACGAUUUUGAUCCUAUGGAAGGAGGUUACUACUACCCUAACGCCAAUAGAGAUUUGAUGCUUUAUUUCUGUCGUACAUUCCUUCGAAAAGAACUUGGGUUCAAGAUUGUUUUCGAGGACUCAAAGGUCUGCGGCGAAGCACAGGCAGCGAAUAUGCUAGCCAUUACUGCAUCUCAGAUGGAGGAGUUUUCUGUGACAAAGAAACUUGAUAACCCGAUCAACAAUAGCGCUUGGUCAUCUACACAGACUCGAUCUAGAGAGAAGAAUAAAGCAACUUGUUCUGACAUAGCUUCCUUAUCAGAUAACGUCAGCUUAGAGGAAGACCCUCUGUAUAUCAGUCUUGGGCUCGAUGGGUACUUCAGCAUUCAACAGAGUAAAGUCCACGCAAUAAUGAAAGCCGCAGAUUUAGCGGGUACGGAUUCUCAAGAAAAGGUAGAGAAGUCCACAGAUCUGGCUUUAAACAAAAAGCACAUCUCUAUUUCAAAGCCGAUAGCGGAUACAAAAACCAAACUUGAAGAAAAGAUAGGGAUCUCCAUCAACGCAAAGACAGCCAUUGGGGGUUCCAUCGAUGAAGGGUAUUAUAGGUAUGGGAAAGGAAAGAUGAAAGAGGAAUCAACAUUUGCAAAAUCAAAAUUGGAAUAUAGUCAUGAGAUACAAACGAAUGACCCGGUGCAGAAGAAAAUGGAAAUGAGGAUUCGGGAUGAGGCGGAUGCCAGAAUUUCGGAAGCCAAGAAUGAAGGAAAGAACAAGUAUCUCAGUGCCGAAAAGCAGAUGGUGAUUCAGAUGCAACAUAUUGCUGAGGAAGGCUUAGUGAAACAGCAAUUAGUUAACAAGCAAAUAGACGACGAGCUUACUGCGACUAAGGCAAAUUUCAACAAGAAACGCGAACUCAUCGUGAACGAAACUAGAGUAAAAAUCGAUACGAUCAACGCAGAAGUAGCCCGGUGCCUGGAGUUGGUUGGGCUAAAGGCCCUCGAGGAUGCUGGCAAAAAUCAAUCCAUGUCCAAGGGAAAAAUGAGGGAAGGGACAGAAUGGUCUAGAAAUAAUGCGUCGAAAAGAUUUCGGCCACUCAGGGUCAAUUAUAAUACAGAGUCUGAGUAG